GUGGAGCUCUUCACUUCAGGCGACAUUGACGACUAGCAAAGAAGACAAGCUCGCUAUGGCACACCUAACUCUGGAGUGUCGCUUAUCCUACUUCGGACAACAUUAAAGUUUACUGUAAUUUUCACAUUACUCACUCCGUUUCUUGCGUCGUACUGCUCUCAAGUAAAGGCAACAGUUAACUACGAUUAACGGCAAGUGUACGGAAUACGAAAGCGGAAGAACUUUCAGUUAGCAUAGUGCAGCAUUAGUUAGCUAAAGUACUUAGCUUAACAAGUAGCUGAUAUAACAUUGUGCGGUAGCAGCUAGCAGGCUAGCUUGCUUCCUUUACUGUCAUGCCUGGAGGUCCUCGAGAUUUCACUGCGUAAACGAGAAUACCUAGUAGUUAGCUGGUUAGCUUUCAGACGCCCAGCAGCAGUUUGUACGACCACCGAGGCGUAACGGCGGACUGGACUUGGAGCCGUGACAGGUCUGAGCUUUCGUACGGCGACCUGUGCUUCAGCCGUCUGGAGAUUACUCACUCACACAUCCUAGACUUUCAGAGAUGAGAGGGAGCUUGCCAUACUGAGUUUCUGCGAAAUGGUCGUGAAGCUGUAACAUAGCCAAAGCUUUAAAAUAAGAUAUCUCAAUCCGGCUCACAAGGAGUUUCAACCUUUCGCUUUGCCAAAAAACAUCCGUCAAGACUGCAGAAAUGCUGACUGACAACAGGAAACGACAUCGUAGCUGUGACAGUGAGGAGGACCAACAGCUGAGUCCUCAGGCCAAGAGGUCAGGAGGGGGUCCCAGCCUGCUUGUCUCGGAUUUGGAUUCAGAGUCUUCCAGCAGCGACAGCAGUAAUGGGAUCAGUAGUCCAGAGAGAGCAAUAGUGGCCAGCACCAGGCCAUGCAUACACAGCCAGAACAACCGCAUCACCCAGUACUCCCUCAGCCCAAAGCCUGAAGAGUCUGCUAGCUCCUUGCAGCAUGGUUUCCAUGGCGACGGCAGCAGUGUCUCCUAUGACUACAUCAACAGAGUCCUGAGGGAGGCGCACUUCAGUAGUCUGCAGACCAGAGGGCGUCCAGGCUCAACAUGACCGUGACCUCUGACCCCUCUCCUGACCUUUUGUCCCUCGCCCAUCAGUGCUGACACGAUUGGCAUGGGGGCUCCUCCUUGAAAGCCUCAAGCGACACACUUGGGUCAGGGGGAAGGGUAUGAUGUGUGGGGAGGUUUACAGAUUUUGGGCACAAAGGCUCAUCCCCACCUCACUGUGUACCAUUUGUCAAGACCAUAAGCACAUCCGCCUUUCCAUGGCCCAGCCACUGUGGUUUUCUGUGCAGUAUUGAUGUGUAUGUGUGUUUGUGUGUGUGUGUGUGUGUGUGCACGCACCCUGUGCACUUUAUAAAGAGGUAUCAUUCUCUUUACAUGCGUGCGUUGAUGCGUGGACAUUUUCAUUGGUGCUAAUCACAAGAAAAGUGUGAUGAUCCAAAGUGCUUGCAAAUUAAAUAAAGCUAAGCACUUUACUCAAUAAAUCCUCAUUCUGUUUACUCCCGACUGGGGAAGUCAGUCACAUGUUUGCAUUUGUGAAGUGGGAGUUGUAGUGAUCCCAUUCACAAAGGAAGUUCAUGGAGACCAAUGGAUUCACUCCCAAGGAGCAUUAUUAAAACAAUCCAGUAAAAUAACAGUUUAGGCCUUAUUUGUUUUCUCUAACCAAAGUCUUGAAGUUGAAGUAUAGUGUAUUUGCAGUUACUUUCACUAUCUAAAUUAAUCUAUAAUGUUUUGGUGUGGCAGGUCAGUGGGUUCAAGGUAAUGGAACAGAGAUUCUUCAUGAGCCUCACCACCAAAAUCCAACCUUAGAUUAGACCCUGGCUAAUUAUAGAGCUGUGAGAGUAGGCACAGGAGUCUGCGACUCGGGCAGUGUCAGGCUCAGCACAGUGCUCCUAACAAAAACAGCCAGAAGAAAAGGCUCUCUAAAUCAAUUUGUAACCGUGUGUAUGUGUGUGUCGUAAGCCUGUCAGCCAUACAUGUUUAUGUAUGGUUUAAUAUGACCAGCACACUGUGUUGCAAAUAAAAUGAGACGUGAAAGUGA